AGUGGAGCGCGCCGGGCAGGGAAAACGCAGCAAGUUGGCACAGUAGGGGGCACAGGUGGUCGUGCAUCUGACAGUCAACCUAUGUCAUCUGGGUCUAUCCCGUGAUAUGCCGGCGAGCCCUCGACGCUUAAUGUGGCAUCAAGGUGCACCUAGUCUGGCACAAUCGCCGUGGUUGCUGUAAAGGAAGUAUCGACCAACGCCAGGGACGAUUAUCUGAUCCAGCCCUUCUCCCUUCCCUAGGUCGACUCGGCCUCAAAUGAGUACCCGGUACAGUGUGUGAACAUCGCCAAAGGCGUGAGAUGUGCUACACGUGAUCAACGCCCCAAGAGUCUCUGAAGGCUAAAUGGGGGACUCGUCGUUGUAAUUGGUCAUUGUUACGCUUGCACUUUGACACCCAUGACCAAAUCACCCGGAAUGCACCCUAACUCGUCGAGGCACAAGCUAAGCAGUUGCGUUGAUUUGACUGGAAAAGUAUUGAGAGAAAAAAAAUCAACCAUGCUGACAGCAAGGGACUCAAGGUCGUCUGGCGACGAAAGAGUUGAUGACGGUGGCCAUGAGAGUAAACCUUGUGAGGAUAACGACGAUCUUAGUUCAUCAAUGCAGCGAUGUCUGAAUGCUCUGAGGGAAGCGAGGAAUGACAGCGAACAGUUUGCAGCGUUGCUCCUGGUGACAAAGAUGCUUGCCGUGGAAAACACCAACGCAAAAAAGCGACGGAGAAUUUUUGACGCCAUCGGAUUCACAUUUAUAAACAGACUUCUGUUACCAUCUGCGGCGUCUAAUGUGUCCGCUGUAAAUGAAUAUCGGUCGCUGGGAAUUGCUAUGUUGGCAUGUUUUUGCACCGAUUCUGAGCUCGUGUUGAAUUCACAAGUUCUCAACAAAGUUCACAUUUUAGGCGAGAUUCUGGCACUGAAUCAGCCACAUGAAGAAUCUGAAGACCUUAACCUGUACAGGUCGGUGGUCGACGAUUGUUAUCAGUGCUUUCAAGGAAUAAUUGCAGCACCAGGGGGCUUUAACCACUUGCUCACCGAAGAAGUACUGUCUGCAUUGUGCAAUGUAUUGGUGAGGAAGUCUCAUUCUUGGGAAAAGGGCCUUCAACUCCUCAUUCACUUGCUAAAUGCGCAAUCUUCAGAAUGCUGGGCGAAGGCCGAAGAAGACCUCUCCAAAGUUUUGAAGCACCUUUGUGUGCAGUUUGCAAAUUCUAACGAUGGCAAUAAGUUCGACAUUUGCGAGCUCCUUCCCAAUUUUCUGCCACCCUUGGCAAUCUUUCAAAAGUGCACGCAGUGCUCCGAAUGUUUCCGGACUAUACACGCGGAACUAUUCGGCGUCCUCAACAGCAAGAUUUCUGGUGCUCAGAGAGAUCCUGCCCUGAAACUGGCCUCUGCUAUGAUAAAUCUCUACAGCUUGGAUUGGAUUCUGCCCGGAAACACAACCGCAAAGGAUACGUUCUUCGCGCUGAUCGUCAAUCUCGCGUGCAUCGAAGUCCGUAUGUGCCUUGAGGACACCGAUUCCGCGACGGUAGCUAACAAACACGCGAUUUUGAUUGCUUGUUACAGCAUUCUGGAAAAUACCGUUGCACUGCUCACCACAGCGGAACACCAGUUCAGCAGAGUUUGGUGCAACCAGAUCGUCACGAAGAUGGAAGAGGCCUUUUCCGCAGUGAUUUAUUACCUAAAGCAGCAGGUUCUAGAAGAGUGGAUUGGAGACAGCUUUGUGUUUGCUUCGGUUCGUGUGCUUGGAUCAUGGAUGGCGGAGGAGAACCUGACUCUCAAAAAGGAGAUUAUGGAGAUCAUUCCGUCCUUAAUGCAGUACAGCUGGAAAAUGCAAGGCAAUGAAGCGGAGCCAGCGGCCAAGACAGUCGAGCAAAACCCCUGUCAGUUUGUCAAUGAUCAGACGGUUGAUCCACUUAGGUUUCUGCUUCCAGGAUUGUGUCACCUAACGGCAGAAGACGAUGCGCGGAAGCUGCUCUUAGAACAGAACCUCCACGUCCUCCUGAGACUCUCCUUCCAGAGGCAGUGGGAGCUUUUCAAACGUCUCAUGUCGGAUGAAGAAUUACAGACGUAUCCGGACGUUGAAAUGACCCUUCGCUAUCAGUGCAGCAUCUUUUUAAACCUCGUCGUUACCGAACCCCAGUUUGCGAAGACUGAUGAAAACUUUGCAUCAUUACUGACCCUAUUGAUGGAUUCUUUGCCAUUGGUGAUUGGCAGAGAUUGCCUAUUGAUCCUUGCUGGAAAUGUGUGUGCACUGAGCCUGAUGCUGAUCAGAGUGUUGGACAUCCCCGCUCUUUCCAAAGCGACGUCGCAACAGUUCUUCACAGCAGUCAUUGACUUUCUUUCCAAACCGUACCUGCUACAGAAGAGCACUGCGGAAGGAGAGCAGAGUGUGGUCGUCAUGAGGAGUGGUUACAAAGAGUGCUGGGAGGAUAUUUCAGAGUUGUGGUUUCUGGGCAUGCAAGGUCUCGGUGCUUGCUUGGCACGUCUAGAAUGGCUGCCGCUUGUGCUGCUUGAUUCUGGAUGGCUGCUCGAGAUUCUACAGCUGCUGGCCAAUGCCGAGACAAAGCAAGUGGCCCCGGAUCUCCUGCAGUCCUUCCAGAGUCUGUUGACAGAAACGAGUCUCCAUAGCAGCCGCUGCAAAGACUACGUUCUGCAACAUGCUGGCAGACAAUUGAGUGAUCGUUACAAUAUGGAUUCGCUUAAAAAAGCGCUUGAUCAUUGAUAGAUAACUCACCUGUAUCUUAAAAAAAAUGUUUUGUUACUGGAUUUCAAAAUGACUGGUUAUUACUGCGGUAUUAUGUACGUUAAACUUCCUUCACACCACACGUAGUCAACUGCUAAUUGGCGGUGCGGUUAAAUCGGUACUGUAAGAAUGCGUGCCGUGUGCUUCACAAUGGACAUUAAAGAUCCCGUGACGUCAAUCGCAAGCGUAGGCCUCAAUGUGCAGGCGUCAUGGUCCAUUGUUGCCAAAUAAAAAAAAAAUACUUGCAAAAUUACUAAUUUUGAGAGUCAGGACCCUUCCAAAAAGAAUCGUGAGACUUGGCGAGAUUUUCCUGGCUAAACAAUCAUACCAAUAAUAAAUAAGUGCUGGGGUGUUUUUUGUAAAAAAACUAAAACAUUGUAGACAAUGGUAUUGAUAAAAAAAUGUAUCCUAACGAGCAGAAUAAAAAUGUAUUCACACUUCA